AGCACCGUACGCGUCAAGAAGCAACGCGGUGUGCGUCUGAAAAAUCUCUUACGAUAUAUCAUGGGCUUUUUGAAAGUAACUUGGCGUUUAUCACGCAGUAUUUAUGCCAACGAGACGAAUAAAAAGCGUGAAAAUUCGACAGUGAAAUAGCGAGUCUAUUAGUCGACUACGAAACGAUAAACCUUCGCUUGAACUUGUUUAUUUAAUUUUGUUCAUACGUUUCAAAUGAUAUUACGUGCGCGUGAUGAAUUAUUUGAACAGUGUCGUCGCAGGCGGUGGAGUGGCUGGUGAUGCUGGCUUGCAAUUGAACAAUGUCGAAGUUUUGUAUACGAAAGUUCAAAGAGUUUAUGUGAAACCACAACACAAGGAGGAGAGACAACGCGAACUUCGGGUUAACGUAGAAAUUCACGCGGGUUUGAGUCCGGUCUGUCGUAAGAGUUUGUGCGUUCUUCUUUCGGAUGACGAAGAUCCCUGCUUUCUCUAUUCUCUUCUAAUAACAGAGGACGAUUUCAAAAUCCUCAAAGCUCAGCAGGGUCUUCUGGUCGAUUUUGACAAUUUUGCAACCCAAUUGAUAUGUCUCCUGGAACAAUGUCUUGCGGCUGGACCGACGAUAUCGAAAACAACACCAAAAUUCCUCCUGAUACUGGCUGAAGAAUCCAACGAUUGGAUCUGCAAACUCGUAGAAACCAAUAAUUUUAAACACUUGUGCCAUUUGAGCUUGAAUAUUGCUCCAGCUAGUGAUUCUGACCUUAAAACUCACAUGGCCAUGAAGAUCAAACAGCUGAAGGAAAAUUUGGCCAAUAAAAGCAGAGAAGUUGCCAACCUCGAAUCUAGCCUUGGCGUUUUGAACUCUAAUCUCGAAAUUAAAAACAAGGAACUUGAUAAAUUGGAACAAAAAUACUCGGCGGAAAAAAGUCGGAUGGAAAUGUCCUCUACACAUCAAAUUACCAUCGAGAAGGACAGAUUAUCGCAAGCAAAGUUGGAGUGGCAACGUCAGAGCGAUAUAGAGAGGCUAGAGCUUGAAAGAAAGCAUACUGAAGUAUUAAACAAUCUACACACGGAGUUAGCUGAAUUGAGAGCUCAGAACAUGACCUACAAGGACAAACAGUCUUAUCUGGAAGCAACGAACAAGGAGCAAAUGAAACAGUUACAAAAUCUUGAAAAAGAAUUGAAUGUGGCACAGCGUGAUUUAGCGCAAUUGAAGAAACAAAAUGCAAAACUCGAUUCAGAUUAUCACGAGAGGGACAAGACUGUGAAUUCGUUGAGAACUCGCGUGGCGGUUCUCGAACAAGAGCUCAAGGACAAAACAAUUUUGAUCAACAAACACGGAGAAAUGUUGAAAACUGCUAAAGAACAGAAACAACAUUUGGACGAACUUCUUGCUGAGAGAGAAUCCCAGUUGCAACGUAAACAAAACAGCUUGAAGAAUCUCGGUGAUGAACUCAUGAAAGCAAACGAAAUAUUGACGAAAAUGCAAAACGAGCUUGCCUCAACAAAAUCAAAAUUAAAAUUACGCACCAGCAUUGCGCUCGAACAAGAACGACUUCUCGAAACUAAACAAAAAGAAAUUUCACAGUUGGAAAGUAAAAUCGAAAGUUUGGCUAAAGAGGCGAAAGACGAGAGAACAGAAGUCGAUACACUGAAAGAGCAAAUCAAAACUCUGCAAAAUCUCAUUGAAGACAAAGACAAGACGAUUAAAAAUAAUGAUAAUGUAAUAAGCUGGUUAAAUCGUCGAUUAGCGGAUGGUCAAUCGCCGUUACAGAGUGCAGCAACACCAGCACCGAUAACAGCACCUUCGAUAGUACAAUUGACGUUGCCCCGAGCGAAUCGUUUCUUUCCAAACAAAUUUGAGACUCGUACGCCAGCGCCAGUAUCGAAUCAAUCGAGUAUACCGAUGUCAGGUUUGCCGUUGAGAAAUCCAAUAGUACAAAAUCCUAAUAUAAAUCAAACGGCGAGAACGACGGGACGAUCGAUGGGUGUCGGUAUCGUUGAUGGUACGACACCGAGCUUAGGAAAUUUCAACAAAACUGGACAGAUAACGAGUACGAGUACACCGAUGGAUCGAUUGAAUGGAUUUACGAAUAAAUUACCGAGCAGCGGUGGUGGCGGAUCCGGAGCAGCCUCGAUGCCGGCUAUUAUCGAGAACAAUAAUAUGCCAGUAUCUUCGUCGAAUAGUAGUACAAAGCCUAAAAGCGCGAGUGGACUCAUGCAAGGCGGACUGAGAAGAGCCGUUAUGGAUAAGCCGCUAUUGCCAUCCUCCUAUUUUCCAAAAUCUCUUCAUUAAUCAUGCCAUCGUCUAUUUCUAUGAUUUUUAAUGUUACUUCAAUGAAAUCGUGGAUUAAAAAAUGCAAAUUGAGGAGACAAAAUUCGAGCCCGAGUGACAUAACGUACCUUAGAAAAUUGUCAUUUUUUUUUAUUUCCAUCCUCCACGAUCUCUGUACGGUACUUUGGUGGAGGAUGACUCAAAUUUUAAGCGAGACUGCGAACAGGAGCAAUUGACUUUCGGAAUUGUAACUCCGUCUCCUGCUAUAUCUUCUUUAUUAUUACGUCCUACGAUAGAUAACUAGAACAACAGUAUUAAAGUAAUUAUUACAUGAAAUAAGACAUUUAAAUAUUUAGUACACGACGUAAUCUAUUUUUUACUACCGUCUUUGUUCUUUUUCUUCCAUAUUUGUAUAUAAAAACAUUUCAAUAGAAAAUCAUAUUGUACAAGAGA